UACCACAAAUAUGUAACGUUUAUUGUUGUGUUCGUCGCUGUGUUUGUAGCCCGAUUUGCUUUAUUCAGCGUGCAGCCAGGAGCGCUGACAGUAUGACAUCACUGCGGACCGACGUCCGGGUUAACGUCAACUAACGUUAGCUAACGAUAACGCGAAGCCCCGGCUAUAACAAUAAACGCUGUGGCAUCAUGUCGGACAAAAGUGAGCUGAAAGCAGAGCUUGAAAGAAAGAAACAACGUCUGGCACAAAUCAGAGAGGAGAAGAAAAGGAAGGAGGAGGAGCGCAAGAAGCAAGCGGCGGACCAAUUGAAAGAGGCUGCACAUCACCAGGAUGAUUCUGACCUGGAGAAAAAAAGACGUGAGGCUGAGGCUCUUCUCCAGAGUAUGGGCAUAACUGGAGAUGCUCCUGUUGCCCCUCCCCCCAUCUCUCCAACUACCAAAUCGGCAGGCACCCCAAGUGAGGCAGGGAGCCAAGACUCUGAUGGUGCGGUUGGACCCAGGCGUGGAACUCCAAAACUGGGAAUGGCCAAAGUCACACAAGUGGACUUCCCUCCACGUGAGACUGUGUCCUACACAAAAGAGACCCAGACACCUGUCGUGACUCAGCAAAAAGAAGAGGAAGAAGAAGAGGAAGAAAGUGCUGCACCUCAACCAGUCGUGGAGACUCAGACUGAGAAAGCGGACCAGAAAGUGGAGGAGGAAGCCCCCUACGAGCUGACGGAGGAGGAAAAACUCCAGAUCCUGCACUCCGAAGAGUUUGUGAAUUUCUUCGACCAUAGCACUCGCAUUAUCGAGCGGGCUCUAUCGGAGCACGUGGACCUCUUCUUUGACUACAGCGGCCGCGAUCUGGAGGAGAAGGAGGGUGAAAUCCAGGCCGGAACGAAGCUCUCUCUCUACAGGAAGUUCUUGGAUGAGCGCUGGUCCAAGCAUCGUGUUGUCACCUGCCUGGACUGGUCCACCCAGUAUCCUGAACUGCUACUUGCCUCAUACAACAACAAUGAGGAUGCGCCUCACGAGCCAGACGGCGUGGCCUUAGUGUGGAACAUGAAGUACAAGAAGGCCACACCGGAGUACGUCUUCCACUGUCAGUCUGCUGUUAUGUCGGCCGCGUUUGCCAAGUUCCACCCCAACGUUGUGGUGGGGGGCACAUACUCGGGGCAGAUUGUCCUGUGGGACAACAGGAGCAACAAGAGGACCCCGGUGCAGAGGACUCCGCUGUCGGCGGCAGCACACACGCACCCUGUAUACUGCGUCAAUGUGGUUGGCACCCAGAAUGCCCACAACCUGAUUAGCAUCUCCACUGAUGGCAAAAUUUGCUCCUGGAGUCUGGACAUGCUCUCCCAGCCACAGGACAGCAUGGAGCUGGUGUUCAAGCAGUCCAAAGCUGUAGCUGUCACCUCCAUGUCUUUCCCUCUCGGAGAUGUCAACAAUUUCGUGGUGGGCAGCGAGGACGGCUCCGUCUACAUGUCGUGUCGUCAUGGAAGCAAAGCGGGCAUCAGUGAGAUGUUUGAGGGCCACCAUGGGCCCAUCACUGGGAUCAACUGCCACACAGCUGCAGGGCCUCUGGACUUCUCCCACCUGUUUGUCACCUCCUCUUUCGACUGGACUGUCAAGCUGUGGAGCACCAAGAACAACAAGCCGCUCUACUCAUUUGAAGAUAACUCUGAUUACGUGUAUGAUGUCAUGUGGUCUCCGACUCACCCUGCUCUGUUUGCUUGUGUGGACGGAGUGGGUCAUCUGGACCUGUGGAACCUCAACAACGACACCGAGGUUCCUACCGCCAGCGUCACAGUGGAGGGUAACCCGGCUCUCAACAGGGUCAGAUGGGCUCAUUCUGGCAGAGAAAUCGCUGUGGGAGACUCUGAUGGACGAGUUCUUGUGUAUGAUGUUGGAGAGCAAACCGCGGUUCCACGCAACGACGAGUGGACCCGUUUUGUUCGCACCCUGUCGGACAUCAACGAGAACAGAGAUGAUGCAGAGGAGCUGGCGGCUCAGCGCCUGGCUGCCUGAUCUACUCGCCAUGGAGGCGAUGUUUAUGGGACCAGUGGUGCGCUUAUUAACAUCAGCCCAUGGAAGGAAAAGAUGUGACAACAUGACCCGGGGGAAAAAAGAUGACGUUUUGAUCAUGAAGAAGUACGGACAUCUUUUGAUUUCUUAGACAAAUCUGCCUUCUCAGUUAGCUGGACCGUCACCAGUCUUCUUUGGAUUAACACGAGAAACAGGGCUAUCGACCUCAAACACUAACAUGAAGCCAUAUUCACACAAACCAGUUGUCCUUUUUUUUUUUUUUUUCUUUUUUUUUUAAAAACCAGAUGCCUUAAACUUACAUUUUUUUAUUGUAAAAUCCAACCUGUUUUCAUUUCGGGCAGGAUGUGACGACAUGACCGGGGGGGAUGACGUUUUGAUCAUGAGUUCCUGAAUCCAAAUAGCUGAGUUCCAUUUCCGCCAAAGUUCUAGUAAAGCAAUCACAUCUUUAAAAAAUUUGUAUAACUGUAGAGCCAUGUUGUCAUCUCCAUUCCUUUUAGACUUGUUUGUAAAAUACUGAAAAGUCCAAAAUCAAGAUGUCUUUCUACUUUCUACAUUGGUCUACACUGCACCCAUUUGCACUUAUUCAGUGCAGCUGGUUGGAGUGGACAUAGUUGAAAUAUCCUCAAUGCCUAAGAAGAUGCUCAUGUAUGCUGUAACUGCUCAGUGAUGUAUGUUGACAGGAUCUGAACAGAGAUGUUUUUUGUUGCUGGAAGAAUCUCAAAGUGUGGUGUCAAAACUGAGAAUGUACUUUUCACACAGUAGAAACAAACAGUUCGAAUGAUUUAUUUCAAUAAAAUACAAUAAAUACAUUUAAAUAUG